AUGCCUGGCAUUAUCUUUCUUUCUGUCUUUCUUUCUUUCUUUCUUUCUUUUGAUCUUUAUAAGUCUUCCUUCUGCAUGUCUUGUCUAACGUUAUCUUCGCUUUUCUUUCUUCAUUUUUCUUUCUUUCUUUUUUCUUUCUUUCUUUCUUUUACUUUCGCAUUCUUUUUUUCUUUCUUUCUUAUAUUUUUACUGAUUUCCUUCCUUUCUUUGUUUCUUUCAUUUUUCUACGUCCUUUCUUUCUUUCUUUUUCUUUCUUUCUUUCUUCAUUUUUCUUUUUGUAAUUUUUGUCUGAUAUAUAUCUUUGCUUUAUGUCCAUACGUUUUCUUUCAUUACUUUCUUACCACAUCUCUUUUCAUUCUUUUAUCUUUCUUCCUUACUUCCUCUCCUUUCUUUCUUUCUUUCUUUCUUUCUCUUUCUUUCUUUCUUUCUUUCUCUUUUUCUUUUCAUUUCCCGCUUUUGUUCUUUAAAAUCGCCCUUCUGCUUGUUUUUAACGUUAAUUUCGCCUUUCUUUCUUCCUUCUUCUUUCUUUAUUUUUUUAUUCAAUACUUCAUUUCAUUGUUUCUUUCUUGUAUUUUUCUUCCUAAAUUCUUUUUCUUCUUUCUUCCUUUCAUUUUCCCUCGUUUUGUAUUUUUGUCUGAUAUUGCCUCUGCCUUUCUUUCUUUUAUUUUUUCCUUAACUCCUCUACAUUCAUUCUUUUAUCUUUCCGCAGUCCCUCUCCUUUGUUUCUUUCAUUUUCUUCCUUCCUUCAUUCCUUCCUUUCAUUCAUUCAUUCAUUCAUUCUUUUUUCUUCCUUUCCUUUUUCCUUUCUUUCCUCAUUUAUUUUUCUUCCUUUCCUUCUUCAUUUCUUUCUUUGUUACUUCUUUCUUUCUUUCUUUCUUUCUUUCUUUCUUUUCUAUCUUUCUUUCAACCAAUCGCAGCAUAAUUUGGCUUCACUUUUUCUAUCUGUCUUUCUUUACAUAUUUUCCUUUUUCUCAGCUAGUCUGUCUUUUAUGGUUGGCAUUAUAUUUUCUUUCUUUCUUUUUUCUUUCCUUUGUUUUUUCAAUUUUUUUUUAUUACUUCUUCUUUCUUUAUACCUCUUCCUUUUUAUUAGCCAGUGUUUUUUUUAUGGCUUUCAUUAUUUUUUAUUUAUUUCUUUCUUUUGAUUCCUUCUUUCUUGGUUCAUUUCAUUUCAUUCUUUCUCUCGUAAAAAGCUUUCCUUUGGUACUUUUUAUCUGA